AUGACCGCGCACAAUGGUACGUGCUUUUGCGAACAACUCACACUCAGUGCCCGCAAAGCGAUUCGUGGACCGCUCGACACCAUUCAGUCGGAGCAAGCGCGUCUGAAGCAGUUGGAUCACAUCCAAGAGCUUUUGGUGCAUUCUAAAACAGUUAUCUCUGUGAGCAACAGGCUUGUCGAGAAAAUGGAUGCUGUGGCAGAAUGCGACGUUAUGGGGUGUAUGCAAGAUCCUGCAGCACUAGAUCACCAUGCAGCCCAAGUCGUGUCGGCAUCCGCCUUUCUUGAGGAGCUAUUUUAUAUGUUGGACGCGCGUGACGUCUCUGGAACUGAAACAAGUAUGGCCGCAGAUGCCGAACAGCAGGAACUGAUGAAAGACGUCAUGCAUCUAUUGAUUAUUCAACCGUAUGCUUCGCAGGCGAAUCCUAUGAAAAGCGCGCUUCGGGAGCACAUAGAAAAUUUGCUUCUGUGUGGAUUGCGCAACCUGUCUCCUAAUUUACUAGGCGCAGCACUCCAGGCUGCGUUCCACCUGGAUAUCUUAUCAAGCGUUGUGGGCAACUUAUUGGAAGAUUUGACGAAUGUCUUGGUAGAGCGCACGAGCUCUGCAUUUGAUCUCAUUGCCAUCGGAAAAGAAUUAGGUGAAACACAACCGCCUAUUGUAUCAUUUCAUUCUGUACUGCCGCCAUACAGAGCGCGCUUUUUGAGCCCAGCAGCUAAUAAAUCCUCGGAACAACUACAAAGGUGGACUGUAGCUGUAUGGCAUCGGAUACGGGCAUUAAUCGUUGAUGAAUUAGCCCCGAUACAUGCCAAGGUAUACAUGAUGGAACGUGUUCUUCGCCUUAAGCAAGCGCACGAUACUGAUCUGACGUUUCUUGACGUUGUUACGAGACAAUUAACAUGUUCGCCGACAGACUUACUUUGGACCGCGUUCUGCAGUAACUUCGACGCGUUGUGCAGCGAAUCUAUUCAAGAGUCUGAAUUUUGGAAAUUUAUGUUUGUGUCGUCAUUUCCGAAGCUGCUACAUAUAUUCUAUGAACUGGUUUCUCGAGUGGCUAUGCUUACAGACCAGUCAAGUGAAACGCGCGGCGAGAUUCCCGAGCCGAUUCGCAUCUUUUUGAAAAAUCGUUCACAGACUUAUUUACAAUCAGUUUCUGAGCGCUGGGACGAGGGUUGUCAACGUGUUCAAAUGGCUAUGACCCUUGGCUCAAGAAACCCUCAACAUUAUAACGCAGAUGUACAGCGCUUUGUUCAAAUGCUUCUUACAGACUUAGAGGAGUGUGGCUUUGACCGUGUUCUGUCAUCAGAUAUUGCCAGCAUGGGUACAAACCUGUUUAAGACCUUGCUAUCCCAAAUUCCUUCGAUGACACGUAAAGAUGAAAAUGCUUUCCUCUUGACAGUCCAUCAACCCACGUCCAGUCAAACAAUCAACAUUAGCGUUGGACGUACGCUGAAGCAGCUUCAUGCACAUCUGUCGCAUAUCGAGUCUACAGAUUUUCCCAAGAUACGAGAACUGGCUAGUGCCUGGAGGAAGUCUGUGCUGAAUGUCAUAAGAACAAAUUUGUUAGAUCCGCUACUGGUAUCUGCGCGUUAUAAUCUGGCAACAGUCCUUACUCGUAUCCACCGUUUUCGUUUCGACAAGUCUCAUAACAUGAAUUCAGAUGCGAUGGGAGCAGAAACAAGUGCAUAUAUGAUGGAAUUUUGUGGAAGAAUGUCUUUCUUGCGUACAAAACUUCUGCCAUUUUACGUCGUCCCAGAAGACGAACUACACUGGGCGUCGGAGCUAGCUUCUUUUGCAUUAUGCACUUUUCUUUUGCAUGCGACGCUUCUGCGCUUGCCGAGUGACGCUGAAAAACUUCAACUUGUCACAGACAUGACGACCCUGGAGCUUAGCCUUUCUCAGUUCCUAUCGGACGUGAGCCGUUCAACUAACAAUAGGCCUCUUUCUUUACAUGAUUGUGAUGCCUCAUUUCACGCAGUAAGGAGCUUCCGCACGUUGUUAUUCGAGCCAUUGAGUUCAUGGAAAAAUCCUUCUAACAUCCGUGAAAUGUGGCAUAUACCCGACGUCAUUUUGGUUCAGCAUCUACUUUCCAAAUCGACUACACUUCCACUUCCGAGUGAUAUUCGUGGUAUGAGCAAGCCUGCAUAUGUGGAUUGGGCUAUUAGCAUGAGCCAAGUCAAGACGUCGCUUCUUUCCCCCCGUGUCGAGUCGACCGUGCUUCAAGAAAUUCACCAGUGGCUUUCGAAACAUGGUGUAAUUCUGGAAAAUACAGCCGAUGAAAAGGACAAAGAAGUUUUCGCUUGUCUGAAAGUUUGGGAUACGUUCUUUGCCUUGCACAAAAAGUAG